AUGAGAGGAAAAAUUAUUUUAAUUGUCUGUGCAAUAAUCAUCAUCUUGCUCAUCUUUUUCUCCUUUCGUGGCAAUAAAUCUGCCACUUCACAACCAUCAUCAUCACUACCAAUUAAUAAUCAACAACAUUCAUCAACCAAUACGAAUGAAUGCUCGAUGCGAUUUCUCAUCAUGACUGCUCCUAGAGCCAGCUUGAAAAGUCCAUUUCUCUAUUUGAAACAGACAUUGGAUAGUAUUUUGGAUUUGGAGGGAGAGUUUUUCAAGCCAUGUAUUGUACUGUUGAAUGUGAAGGGUGUGAAUAAUAGACCAAGUUUGGAAAGUUUGAGGAAUGGAAGGAGUAGGAUUGAAAUUGUCGAUCAAAUGGAAACUGAGUCUGUAUUCACAAGUGUUUUACUACCACAGAAAAAGAAACAACAUUUGAAUGAUUUUUACUCAAUUAUUAAUCUUGUCAAGAUGAAAUAUUUGAAUGAUUAUGUCAUGUUGAUGGAGGAUGAUUUUGUGUUUUGUCCCAAUUCUGCCUAUCACCUUUCCUACAUUUUGACAGAAAUGGAAAAGAGAAAAUGGGCUGGAGUGAGAGUUUCAUUUGGUUUGAAUGGAGUCAUAUUGAAAGGAAGAGAUUUAUUGGCCACAACUGAGUUUUUAAAGAGACAUUCAGGAAGAGCUACUCCUAUUGAUUGGUUAUUGGAGGAAUUUUGGAAUCAACACGAUCAAAUGGGAGAGAAUUAUUACAAGGAGAGAAAAUUCUUUACCUAUCGUUUACAAUUAAUGAAACAUAUUGGAGUAGUUUCCUCAGUUGGAAAUACCAGACCUGGAACUCAAAACGAUUUGGACUUUCCCCAAUGUUUUGAAGCUCAAAUUCAUUCCAAGCUCAUGUUUUCAUUUGAGAUGGAUAAAUGUCCACAUUCCAUGUUUAGCCCAUGUGAAAAUGAGGUUAGACAAAUGAAGACGGAACCAGCACUUGAUAUAAUUGAGGAACAUUUCGCACCAGCAUCAUCAAACAUUUCCCUCUCUGCCUUACACUCUUUCAAAGCUAUUCAUUAUUAUCAGCAAAUUAACGAUGAUCAUCAUACUGUUGUGCCACACGAUGAUGUUCUAGAUGAGAAGAAGCAGGCAGUAGCACCGACCGGAACAUGGUGGUCAACCAGAACAUAUUCGUUUUGGUUUUUAUUUUUUUGGCUAUUGGCACUUUUAGUUCACUUGAUCAUGGCAACUAAUCAAGUGAUUUCGAGAUAUUUACAACACUAUGGAGAUUUAAUAUCUUGUAUUUUUACUGUAACUGGUGCUGUAAUUAUUAUUUUGGCUUCAACAACAAGAGCAACUGAGGAUGAAAAUGGAAAUCCAAUUCAAUAUAGUUGGAAAUGGUUUCCAGACUUGUCAAAGAUUGGUUCUGGAUUCAAUUGGCCAAAUGAUUUUAUCGGAAUGAUUAUUGCCCUUAUUUCUAGUUUCUUCUUCUCUAUGAAGAUGAAUACUGUUAAUAGAUUGUCCCCAACCAGAUUAUCAAAUGAGAAAAAGGAGGGCGAUGAAAAUGAUGAAAGACAAUUUGUUUCACCUGAAGAAUCAAAUGCACGUGAGCAUAUUAUGAUUGCUGAAACUCAAUCCAGUGCUGCCCUUAAUAGUGGAAUUUUCGAUAAUGAAGAGGAACCAGAAACUCAACCAAUCGAUGAUAGAGACAAUAUCUCAAAUCAUUCAAACGAAUCAUAUGAACACGGUUCCAUUGAGACACCUCUCCUUCAAGGUUCAGAAGCAACUACUGCCAAACAGGAAGAGUAUGUCCCUCCAGAAGUUUCACCAGAAGAUCUUUUCUAUAUUCAAAAGUAUCUUUUGGUUUUAUGGCCAAUUAUCCCAAUGUUUAUUUUGGAGGAUUGGAAUAUUUUUGCAAAUUGGGAUUGGGUCAGAUGGGUAUUUUUUGUUUGGUUCAUUGUAAUGAAUCGAUUGGUUGCUGCAGUAGGUGAGGUCAUUUGUGCAAAGGAAAUUGGUGGAGGCAGUUAUGGAAUUCUAUUUCCAAUUCGUAUUGUUAUUGGUCUCUUAUUGUCAAGUGUUAUACUUGCCUCAUUUGAUGCCUACUCAUCUGGUUCGAUUAUUGGAAAUGAUCCGUAUGCAAUGAUGAGACGAUCACAUUCUUCGUCUUCGAAUGGAUCGCAUGCCUCUCACGGCUCUUCAACAUCAAACUUCGGAAACAUGUUUCAGAAAGUAAAUUCAAUGUUUGGAAUUGCUUCACGAACACCUACUCCAACCAAUCCUUCACCAACUCUUUCUAGCUCUCAACGAUCACAAAAAUCUGUAAAAUUAAAUUAUGAUGAGGAUGAGGACGAACUUCCGAAACCAGUUGUUACUAACAAACCGACAAUUUCAAAUAAUAAUCAUCAAAAAAACACUAAGCCAACAAAUGUAAAUAAGAAACAAGUUAUAGAGACCGAGUAUGCUUCAUCCAGUGAGAAUGAUUCGUUUAAUGUAAAGACACUUGAUGAGUUUUCUGAUUUUUCAGAUGAGGAGGGAGGAGAAGAUCCUUCCCCUUCUGUAGUUGUGGUGAAAAAGCAACCACCAGUCAAAGAACAGCCCAAGAAGACACCCUCUCCAAAUCCCGUUGGCACACAUGCUAAGUCACCAGCUGUAGCUCAACAACCAAUUAAAAAACCAGAGCCAGUAAAACCAAAACCACUCUACAGAGAACCUGCUCGAGUUGUUCAAGAGGAUUUUGUAAUGAGUGAGGAAGAAAAUUUUAGUGAGGAUGACUUUUCAGAUUUUGGAGAUGAGGAAAUAAUUGAAGAAAACGAUAAUGGUCACAACUCUACACAGGAAAGUUCAUUUGAUGAUUUUGAAGAGGAGAUUGAGGACGAUGAGGAUCAUCACCACAAACCCUCCCAUACACACAAGAAGGACGAGGAUGAAUUCAGUGAUUUUGAUGAUAAUGAAUCGUUUGAAGAUAACUUUUUAGAUAACAGCAAUGACAGUUUCGAUGACUUUGAUGAUGAAGAAGAGGAGGUGAAGCCUCCUCCAAAGAAGGAACCACAAAAACCAAUAACCAUUCCAACUACCUCAAAACCAAAACCAGCCGCAGAGCCUAUUAAGAAACCUGAACCAGAAAAACCAAUUAAAAAGCCAGAACCGAAGAAAUCAGAACAAGUUGCAGUUCAAAAGCAAGUGGAAAAGGAACCAGUUAAAGUCGUAUCUUUGCAAAAGCCACAAAACGCAGAGACUGUUAUACCUGCUUCAAGAACACCAUCUCCAACAACAAGCUCAAAACAAGUUGAGGAAGAGCCAUUGCCUAAACAAAAAGAGAUCUCGAAAGAGACAAUAAUUCCUGAAAAAGAGCCAAAACCUAUCAUUAAGAAAGCAGAGCAGAUGAUAUCGGAACCAAUAGUUGAACGAAAUAUGGAAAGAGUUAUCGAGAUUCCAAUUAGAACAGAAAGAAAAAUAGAAAUUGUUCACGAAACUGAAUUGGAUCUUCCUUCCAAAGAUAAUAGGGAAUCGAAUAGAAUAAUUACUAUUGAGAGAGAAAAACCUCCUCUGCCAAAGGAUGUCCAGAGUAUAUCUAUUGGGACUGAUGAUCUCACAAAAGAUUCGAGAACAUAUGCAACUCAAACAGCUUACCAUUCCCAAGUUUUCAACACCAAUUAUCAGGGCACCAAUAAUGGAAAUAUUCCUCCACAAGCUCACAGCAACUUGUGUUGUGAUCAUUGUAAUUGUAACUUUUACUCUCCCAACUUUGUUCCUUAUUAUCCACCACCUCUUGCGUACUUUAGAAAUCCAUAUGCUCAAGCUUUUCCUCAACGACCUCUUUCUUCCUUUUCAUCAUUUCCAAGAUCAAACAUUCCACCACCAUCCAAUAUUUCAAGAACACCCCCAACUUCCUCCAACUCUACUACCAGUUAUUCAUCAAAAACACAAACAGAGGCAUCUUCCAAACCAUUGUUCAUCGCAAAGUCAACCGAAACUGAAAGGCCAAGCAUCAAGGAAAAAAUCAACUUUAAACCUUACAUUCCUGAUACUAGAUAUCUUGAUGAAAAAAAUUAUCAAUCCAAUCAAAAAUACCAGCGAUUCAAAGAGACGUUCUCCUCCAAAUACAAAGGUUCUGCUGCAACAGCCUCUGCACACAUAAAUGAGGAACACCAAAGACAAUCUGGCUUUAUCAGGCAAGAGCUGGAAGAAAUCAAGUCACUUCUUCUCUCAAGCAGGGAAGAAAUGAAUAUUUUAUUAUACAACUCGAGAACCACUCCUAAUAAUAUUGGAGUAGCCUAUCCAACAACCUCUCCUUUUGAAAUGAAAUUAUAA